AUGCCUGAGGCUCCUAGCCACUACCUGUGCAACAAGCCAAAUGGCAAAGUUGAUGAUGAUGUUGCUUGUAAUAAUAGCAUCAUCAAGAUCAACAACAAGAAAGCACUGAAAUACAUUGAGGAUGUUACUAGCAACGCUGACGAAAUUCAGAAAAGGGUCCUUGCUGAGAUCCUUUCUUCUAGUGCACGCGUUGAGUACCUUCAACGCCAUGGCUUAGAUGGUCGCACAGACAGAGACAGUUUCAAGAAGAUCAUGCCUGUGGUGACAUACGAGGAUUUAAAGCCAGAUAUUGAUCGUAUUGCUGAUGGUGAUACCUCCCCAAUUUUAUGUUCCAAACCUAUUUCUGAGUUCCUCACGAGCUCUGGAACUUCUGGUGGGGAGAGAAAACUGAUGCCAACCAUAGAGGAUGAACUUGAGAGAAGAUCAUUACUCUACAGCCUCUUGAUGCCAGUGAUGGACCAAUCUGUUCCAGGUUUAGACAAAGGCAAGGGUAUGUACUUUUUGUUCAUAAAAUCAGAAGCCAAAACCCCAGGGGGGCUCCUAGCACGUCCAGUGUUGACCAGUUACUACAAGAGCUCACACUUCAAGAACACCACACAAAGAUAUGAUCCCUACACAAAUUACACUAGCCCCAUUGAGUCCAUUCUCUGCCCAGACUCUUACCAAAGCAUGUACUCUCAGAUGCUUUGUGGACUUUCUCAAAACGAACAAGUUCUUCGUGUUGGGGCUGUUUUCGCCUCAGGUUUCAUCCGUGCCAUUAAGUUCCUAGAAAAGCAUUGGGUGAGUUUGUGCCAUGACAUAAGAAAUGGCACCAUAGACCCUGAAAUCAGGGACUCAUCUGUUAGAGAGGCCAUCAUGAAGAUACUCAAACCAAACCCCAAGCUUGCGGAUUUCAUAGAAGGUGAGUGCAAGAAGGAGUCGUGGAAGGGUAUCAUUACUAGGGUGUGGCCGAACACAAAGUAUGUUGAUGUUAUUGUUACUGGAACCAUGUCUCAGUAUAUUCCGAUAUUGGAUUACUAUAGCAAUGGUCUCCCUCUUGUCUGCACCAUGUAUGCUUCGUCUGAGUGUUACUUUGGCCUCAACUUGAACCCUUUGUGUGAACCGAGUGAGGUGUCUUACACUCUCAUUCCCACCAUGGCCUACUUCGAGUUCUUGCCCAUCCAUAAGACGAAGGGACAUGACGAUUCUCACUCUGAGCUGGAACGUUUGGUUGAUCUUGUGAAUGUGGAGUUGGGUCAAGAAUAUGAGCUUGUGAUCACCACUUAUGCUGGACUCUACAGGUAUCGAGUUGGUGACAUACUCCGUGUAGCAGGAUUCAAGAACAAGGCACCUCAAUUCAACUUCGUGUGCCGAAAGAAUGUGGUUUUAAGCAUUGAUUCUGAUAAGACCGAUGAAGUUGAGCUACAAAAUGCUGUGAAGAAUGGAUCAAACCAUCUUGCACAGUUUGGUGCAUCACUCACAGAAUAUACAAGUUGCACUGACACGUCCACCAUCCCCGGUCACUAUGUGCUAUACUGGGAGAUUAGCAGCAGGAAUGAAACCCCAAUUCCUGUUUCUGUUUUUGAAGAGUGUUGCUUUGCAGUUGAAGGGUCUCUGAACAGUGUGUAUAGACAAGGAAGGGUAUCAGAAUCCAUUGGACCAUUGGAAAUCAAGAUUGUGGAGAAUGGAACCUUUGACAAGCUUAUGGACUUUGCUCUCAGUCAGGGUGCGUCCAUAAAUCAGUAUAAGACACCUCGUUGUGUGAAGUAUGCUCCCAUUGUUGAGCUUCUGGACUCCAAGACAGUUUCCAAUCACUUCAGUACAAAAUGUCCACAGUGCGUCCCUGGUGUCAAGAAGUGGUGCAUGUACCCUUGA